GUUGUCAAAAGAAAAAAACAAAAAAAACACGUGUGAGAGAUUUCAAGGGGUGAUGAGGUGUACGCCUAAGAUUCAAGGGGGAGAAAAUGGACGGCCAAGAUCAAAUCUACGACUAUCAAUCACCAAGUGAAAUGACAUAUGAGCCCCUCACAGAAUUGUCAAAUUGGGCAUCCUCGACCUGCCAUCUGCUACCUGUCGUCUUCUUCAUUCCUGAAUACAGAGCGAUGUCGGACGAGGAGCAUCACUUCGACUCGAAGGCCGACGCCGGCGCCUCCAAGACCUACCCACAGCAGGCUGGUACCAUCCGUAAGAAUGGCUACAUCGUCAUCAAGGCCCGUCCUUGCAAGGUUGUAGAAGUUUCAACUUCAAAGACUGGAAAGCAUGGACAUGCAAAGUGCCACUUUGUUGGUAUUGACAUUUUCAGUGGGAAGAAACUUGAAGAUAUCGUGCCUUCAUCCCACAACUGUGAUGUUCCCCAUGUUAAUCGCACUGAUUAUCAGCUGAUUGAUAUCUCUGAAGAUGGUUUUGUGAGUCUUCUAACUGAAAAUGGAAACACCAAGGAUGAUCUGAGACUUCCCACAGAUGAAAACUUGCUGGGCCAGAUUAAAGAUGGGUUUGCUGAAGGAAAGGACCUUGUUGUGACAGUCAUGUCUGCAAUGGGAGAGGAGCAGAUUUGUGCCCUUAAGGACAUUGGUCCUAAAAAUUGAAUGUAUGCUGCUAUGCUGUUAGCUAUAGCAGAUAGAACUCUUUUUAUGUUGCUGACAAGAGUCUUUUCUGUUAUGCAUGUGUGCCAAAGACGCUUAUUGAGAAUUGAGAUGGUACUUCUAACACUAUAAUCUAUAGGUUUAUGGAAGCUGUUAUCCCAUGAUGAAGGGAACUCAUGUCCACUGCGGAAUGGAUUUAUAUAUAUGCCUAUUUCUAUGUCAUAUUCAUCUCUAGUGUUUUUGUCGGAGCAUCAAUUUAAG